AUGGAAUUAGAUUCAAUCAAUUUUAUCGAGUUUGAAUUCUGGUUUCAGCGAUUUUCGGCGGGAAAUUUCGAUUUGGAUUAUGAUAGAAGGUGUCUGUCUGUGUGUCGCAAGGACCCGAAAUAUCGUACAAUUACUGAUAUGCCAGUGGAUGUUUUCCAGAAAAUUUGUGAAAAUUUGGGAGAAGAUUAUCAAGAAGACUAUCGAUUCGUCUUCCGCCACGUGUGCAAGUCCUUCCGCGCUCUAGCGGACUCUUGGAUUCCGACCUUCACAGAGAUUUCAAUUAAAUCAAAAUCUGAUGCAAUUAUUGUGAAAUUCGAUGACGAAGAAAUCGAAUAUACGGAUGGAAAUCGUGCAAUUAGUGAUUUGACAAGCAUUCUCGCUUAUCCUGACCUCAAAUUUCAUGAAUUUGAAUUUAAUUCGAAUCUUGAUAAGCGAUUCUUGGAGAGAUUAGUGCUGAAAUUGAAAUCGCUGAAAUUGAAAAUCCACGUGGCCUAUUUUCAUUUGAAUUCUGAUAAUUGGGAGUAUCACAAGCGGCUUUUGCCAUUUUAUCGAGCUGAAACUGUCGGAACGGUCUCUAUCUACGGAUCGCAAACUUGGGUUUCGGAAUUUAUCGAAAAAAUCGCACUGAAAUCAAAAAACAAGCUUUUCUCAAAUAUGGAACUCAAUGUUCAUUCUCUGCAUGUCAAAGAAGCUACAAAAAUUAUCAAGAACCUUCUACAAUUCUCCAAACUGGAAUAUUGCUAUCUGGAUGUGGAUUCACGGAGCAAUUUUCAAUUGAAAAAGAAUAUUGAGCGACUUGGCGCAAAAAUUCAAGGUUUUCGUUCGGACAUUUUUCACUAUCCGAUUCUAUACUCCACGGAUUUUUUCGAAAUUAAAUUCGAUUGCGAGGGAAUUUUUAUUGAGAGAAAAUCCAAAUCCACUUGA